AUGUCCACUUACUCUCGCUUUUUCAAUGCGCCCGCUUUCACUUCGCCCGUUUCUGCUGGUCCAGAAACGCACCACCUAAGCCAGACUCGCAGGAAGAGAUCCUUUGACGACCUACUGUUACCUUCUUUGAACUUCGAAUCUCCUCAGCUAUGUUACCAUAACAGUCCUUAUCUUUUCCAACCAUUAGUCGUCAAUCCAUCCUCCAACAAGAGAGCUCGCACAGCGCCUGCGUCCCCUACCGGGAUGGACAUCAUGACCCCGAAGACGUCGCCGUUAUUGACGAAAGUUGACCUUAAUACUACAUCCUUCACAUCCCUCCCCUCAAUUUUGAACUACAGCGCUGAUUCUGCGUCGCAAUCGCAGCCACAACCAAAUGAUCAGAGCUAUGUUCCAGCCUCCGCAUCAGUUUCACAAGGCAACUCGUUUAAUUCCUUUUAUAAUCCCUCCUCGAUUACACUUGCAUCUGCUGAUAACAACAAUCAAGACGAGUCCGAAAGUGAUGAACAUCCUCAAUUAUCCGAUACUACUCAAUGUGGACCUUUACCUUCGCUCAAGCAUUUACAACUACUUCCCAAUCCAAAAAUCCAAGAGCUUGCUUACCGCUACCCAGACACCUCAGAAAACACGCAAUCAUGGAGGGAAAGCCUAUUGAGCUGGUGUAGAAAUGAAAAUUACAAUGACUAUUUAAAAAUCACAAAAGAGGUUAGGGAUUCUGCCCGCAAUUCGCAUGCUCCCGGACUCAGUACACUUGCAAACGUUGCCUCUUUGUCACAAUCAAUACCUUCGAUCUUAAACCCUCCAGAUGAAUUCCGUGACUUGUCUAACACUCUUUCUUAUGGAGGUGUAGUGACGCCACCAAUGAGCCCUCGUAGCGCACAUACGACGAGCAAAAGCUCACCGAUCUUUACUCCAGUUAUGAGUGAGAAACUUGUGCAGUGUAUCAAGGAAAGAAGGUCAAAGUCUCAUAAGAAAACCAAUAGUUUCAAAGCUCGGGAACUCAAGAAGUUACUCAACGAUAGAGAUGUUCUGUCCAAUGAUUCCAGGGGCAGAGUUGAGAAACCCGCUCGCAAGAGGAAGCCGAGCUUGCCUUCCUCACCUCAUCAGUUUAUCAUGAAAAUUAGUGGGCUGACUUCUCCUAAAAGCUUAACCAAAAGUUCCACCAAGGUCUCUCCAAGAGGCUCUACCCAUGAGGAUCUACCUCCCGAAUCCACGCCCCUGCGUACCGAUUCUCCACCAAGAGCGCACGUAUUUGUGUUGAACGAACCUCAAACGCCCACAAAGAGUGUUAACUUUUCAUCGGAGGUAGGUCCAUCCACUGUUGGUCCCAUGACUCAGAAACCGUCAUCGCCGAAACGCGGUACGAACAGAACGUGUAUUUCUUGUCUAUCCAGUGAUUCGCCUUGCUGGAGACCAUCGUGGACAAGCAAGAAACAAGAUCAAUUGUGCAACUCUUGUGGUCUUCGAUACAAAAAGACGCAAACAAGAUGCCUAAAUGAUUCUUGUCGCAAGAUUCCCUCCAAGGGCGAACUUGCUAUUAUGAAAGCCAAUGGUAUGAUUUCUCGAAUCAGCCCCGAAGGUACUGUUACAAAAGGGCUAGGUUGUUUAUUUUGCAACAGUAUGGUUGAAACCAGGGAAUUGCAUGAACAUCGAUAA